AUGCAACUUCCAUUUGAAUGCCAACCUGGUCUUUUAGCUGUCAAUGAUGGUCCUCUAAAGGAUGUCAAGUCUCUUCGCCAGUCACAACCAACCGAGCCUCUAGAGGUCUUGCGGCAACGCUAUGAAGAAGAUGGAUAUCUCUUCCUCAAGGGCUUGAUCCCACGCGCCGAUGUGUUAAAGGCGCGGCAUGAGUACUUUCAUAUGAUGUUACCAACCGGGGUUUUGGAAGAAGGGACUCAGCCCGUACAGGGGAUCUUCAAUCCCUCCAAGUCCCCCGAGGAGUUUCCUGGUAUUGGUGCCGGUGGAGCAGGCAAGAAUGGACGCCCGGGAGGAGAGAGAGCCACUCAGUUUGUGGAUCUUGCCAUAGAAGCCCAUUAUCGUCAAUGGUAUGCGGAGGACUUUUGUCGACACCCGGCAUUGAUGCAAUUUAUUGCUCGAUUCACAGGCUGGCAAUCGAAUACAUUGGGUCUUCGCAGGUCGCUUUUGCGAAAUAAUAUCCCUGGUACGAAGCCUCUUGGAGUUCAUUACGAUCAGAUCUUUCUCCGUCACGGAGAACCAACUAGUGUGACUGCAUGGGUACCUAUUGGUGAUAUCAAAGUAAGCGGCGGAGGUCUCAUUUAUUUGGAGAAUGGCGAUCCCGUCGGCAUCCAGUGCGAAGAAGAUUUCAAGAAGAAGGCUAAAGCUGCUGGAUUUACGGAGCAGGAGGCUAAAAAUGCAUUCAACAAUCACAUGAUGGCCACUGGAUUACUUUCAGAGCUGCCUCUGGACUUUGCACGUGUGCAUCAGCAAUCCUGGCUGGUAACCGAGUACGAAGCUGGUGAUGUUGUUUUGCAUAAGCCACAUGCCAUUCAUGCUUCUACAAUCAACAAUGACCCUGACCGUGUCAUUCGUUUAGCAACUGAUUUGAGGUUUGUCGAUUCUUCAAAGCCAUUUGAUACGUGCGAAUCUCCGGGGUCUGACACACAGCAGAGAUGGAACAAGUUCUAUGAAGUAGGAGACGGUGUGUAA